AUAUACAAACUCGUCAAUUACGCUGAUUCAACCUUCAACUUCUACGAAUCCUCCAAUUGCUCUUUUCAUUAGCCUGACAAUAAUAUCGAUACCACACGUGGAAAGUAAUAAUGAUAAAGGGAGAUAAUGUAAGGAGAUUACGGAUGUGAGAGAGACGGAGAGAGAGCUUUCUUUUUUUUUUUUUUUUGAUGGGAAGGAUGAGAAGUGGUGUAGCUUAUUGAAAAAAAGAAAGAAAGAAAAAACAUUAAUGAAAGAUAAAGAUGGAGGCAAAACCGAUACCAAAGCCAAGGUCAAUAAUGGCCGAACGUCCAGUACCGGCGCCAAGAAAAAUACCACCUGUUUUACCGCCAGCAGCAUCAUCAUCGUCGCCACGUAGCAAAAGUCCAAGCAGCGAAUCGAGUCAAUCGAGUCAGAAAAGUGACGAAACCAAAUCGAGCAGUACCGAGCAAUCGAGAAAUUCGAACGAAUUUUUUCGUCAAUUGAGUACUAGCUCGCGCCAAUUGAAGGAUGAAAUAUCUGAGAAGAUGACGUUGAAGGGACGAGCGGUUAUAUCGAGUACUAGGAACGUUAGCAUACGUCUUGAAAAAUCGAUGAAGAAUCUUUUAACACGGAGAUUGACGUCCCUCAAUCAAGAGGACAUGUUGCACGAUUCUAAUCUCGGCAAUACGAAAAAAAUCGGCGAUGACAAUACGAUAGAAGACGAGAGAUGCGUUUCGAUGCCUGCCGAUGAUAUAUUUAGCAGUAUUACCUUUCACAGUCCGUUCAGUAGUAAUCUAAGAAGUAUCAGAAACGAGGAAGAUCUAUCCGGGUUACGAUAUAGUCCACCACCACCAGUAUAUCCGCCACCCCCGCUUCCUGUAGAAUCUAUCAACGACGAAUUAAAUUCAUUUACGUCGAGCAGCAGCGGCCAUUAUGAUACUCUUAGUUCUACCAUCUCUGAAAAAGUACAAAGAGAUUUUCCUGAGUCGAGUUUCAACGUCUUCAAUUUUGUUCAACAUCAGGCCAGCGAUUCGGACCAGAGUUUAAAUUUGUCUGACAUCAACGUAAGUUUAACAAGCGACAACAAGUCUGACGUUGACAGGAGAUUGUCGAGAUCAGAUUCUUGGACAUUUUAUGACACUACCCCGCCUACAAACAAAUCCGAGAUCGUUAAUGAACUCGAUAGGAUAUCCAGUACCGAGGAGGAAACAACUUUGGAACAGGCGGUGAACGUCAGUAGAAAUUUUACAUCGUUUAACGCCAGUUUGAUCUCCUUACAGAAUUCUAUUUAUGAGAAUUGUAUUUCGUCAAAGGGUGGUAAAGAUGAAAAAUUGUUUGAAUCUAUGUUGUCGGAUGUAAAAAAAGAGAGCAGUAGUAAAUCUUUGUUAUUCGAAUUCGAUCCAUUCGCCAAGACUUCUGAAGAAAACGUUUAUAGUAAUUACGAGAGUAACGAUUUGAUGCUGUUGGAAGCACUUUUAGCGACGAAUGACUCGUCCAGUAAUCCUGGUAGUACCGUAGAUCUGCACGAAGAUAACGAAAACGAAGAGCCGACGGAAUUGGAAGAAAAAAAAGUCGAGGACUCUUUGAUACCUCCUGAACCACCUAAGAGAUUCGAUUCUUUACCUAAGAACGAGUACGACGAAGUCGAAGUUGGUAAGAAUCCAGCACUUUUACCAAAACUGGCACAAAUGGCAAGAAGAAAACAACCGGCUGUACCACCUAGAAAAUCUACCACUAAAAUCACUCCUGAUUUUUCAUCGGCAAGCAUUCAAUCAACAACCAUAGAAUCUAAAAUGGCUACAGGGAAAUUUGUCGACGAUGCCACGUCGAAUCCUCUUCCAAUGGUUAAAACGACGAACGAUGAUUCGAAGAAAGUCAGCGUCAUUCAAAAGCUAAAGAAACUAAGUCAAGAUUCCACUGCUAACGUGAUCAAACCGAAUGUUAUAAAUUUUGUUAGAAGUGGUAGUAAAUUGUUAUCGAGAAAUCGUGAUCAUGAUGGAUCUGGUGAUCAUAAUUCGAAGCAAAUGAAAAUGGAUAGACCCAAGUGUAAAAUUUCACAAUGCAAUACUACGCACAGAGGUAUAGUUUAUAAAACUGGAGUUGGUAUAGAAAGAGCUAGAGAUUUGGUUCAAAGAGCUGCCGUUUUGACGGGUCCAAAAUUGUGUUUUUAUAACGACAAGAGUAUGUCUACGCUAAAGGAAACUAUUCAUCUUGAAAAUGUUUAUAGUAUCCAUCUUUUGCAAGAUAUUAAAGUAGUUGAUGGUGAAACAGUACAUUGUAUAGCAAUCAGUAGCGAAUCUAAACCCCAUGUAUAUAUCUUCUACGCAAAGGGUAUAGCGGAGAGAAGAAGUUGGGCUCAAAAAAUUUUAGAAGCAAUGACGUCAGUUUUUCCUAUAAAAUACACAUCUGAUCUUACCAGAGCUGGUUGGGUUUACUUAAAGGAAGGUAUAACAGGUACGUGGUUCCCAGCUUGGGUUCUUCUUCAAAAGAGAACAUUGGUUUAUACAAAUUCAUCGGAGCCUGCGGUACUGGAAUAUUUAGAUUUAAGAAAGGCACGUUAUAUAGUAUUGCGAGAACAAGAAGGACCAAAUUCAGACAAUGGAUAUGUACCUGUAGUAGUCGUCGAUGCUGGUGGUUCCGGUGCAUUGCAUAUAGCAGCACCUGGUUCAAAAGAAGCUUCUGCAUGGAGACAUGCUUUGUAUCAAGCCGCUACUAGCUGUGGUCCAGCGUUACAUCAACAACAAAUCACUCAAGACAACGUUCCUGUAAUUCUCGACAAAUGCAUCAAUUUUAUCUCCACGCAUGGUAUAAUGUCGGAAGGGAUUUAUCGUCGCAGUGGAUCUAGCAGUGCUGUCAUUAAAUUACUGGAAGCUUUUAGAAGAGAUGCAUGGGCCAUACAAAUUACUCGAGGAUCUUACACUGAACAUGACGUUGCUACGGUUCUUCGAAGAUUUCUUCGGGAUUUACCAGAAUCUUUAUUUCCUGCUAGUAUACAUAAUCUGCUUUGUCGAAGCUCAGAACUCAGCAACGAAAAUGAAAGAAUACAAAUUUAUAGAAAUUUAUUGACGACAUUGGAUCCUAUAACUUCAGCAACUAUACGUAGAAUUCUUGCUCAUCUUCAUUAUCUCAGUCAACAAAGUUCAAGAAACUUAAUGACUGUUGAGAAUCUCUCGGCAGUUUGGGGACCUACUUUAAUGCAUGCAGGAGAAAAUAGUGCUGAAGAUUGGAACAGAGAGGAAACAAAAGUAAUUGGCGACCUGAUACAUCUAUUUCCAAAAUUAUAUCAAUUGUCACAUGCCGAUCUGGCUAAGGAAGCUAAAAUCUUAGAAGUUCUUGAGAAACAUCAUGUUUCAAAUAAUGGACUGCGUGGUGCACCAUCAGGCGAUUUAAAAAUUUGGAUAUAUCUCCUUUCCAAAGAAGGCAAAUGUGUUAAUGUAGCUAUCGGAGCACAAAAGACAGCUUUUGACGUAUGUCGUGAAUUAUCAGAAAAAGCUAAUCUACCUGCUCAUGAAUUGUGCCUAGAAGAAUAUGCACUUUCAGGUGCUUUAAAAAGACCACUUCAUCAUAACGAACGUGUUUUAGAAACAGUAGCGAGAUGGGGUUAUUGGGAUCCAGAUGAUAGGAAAGAUAACAUCCUAAUCUUGAAGAAGGAUAGAUUAUACAAGGAUAUUGUACCUUUGAUCAAGCCACCCAUGACAAUAUCAGGAGAAUUGAAAUUUGCGGAUGUUAAAUCAAAAAAUUUUAAGAAUUAUCUUUUUGAAUUUAGUCAGGCUAAGUUAUAUUGUUACAAAGAUAAAGUUUGUUCUAUUAAAUUACAUGAAUGGAAAAUUGAAGAUAUUAUUUGGUAUUUGGGACAUGAAACCAAACGUAAUCCACAAAUGGGCUGGACUAUUACAUUUAUAUUAAGAAAUAAAAAACCAACAAGAUGCAAGGAAAAUCCAUUCUUUGGUAAUAUUAUAGCUGGUACAUCUAAAAAUGAACAAUAUAAAUGGUUGGCUGCUAUGCUUUUUGGAGAAUUUCAAACGAACCUUCGUCCGUCUGCUAUAAAUUUAAUGGACAUAUAACAUGUAAAUUAAUGUUUGUAAAUUACAGGGUUUAUAGAAUAGUAUCUACUGCCAUUAAAAAUGUUUGAAUGAGAGCUUAGACUUUUAUAAUAAAAAUUAUAUUAUAAAUAUGAUGUUAUAUACAUGAGAAUACAUAUUGAUAUGUAACACGUUACUUUGUAAUAUUUCAAAACACAGAGUAUUUACUAAUUAAGCAUUCCUCAAAUAUCUUAGAGACUUUAUGCAUCAAAUCUGUACAAAUUCAAAAUAUACUUUUAUAUUCGUACGUGUAACAAACAAAUACAAUAGAAUUGUGAUACAAAAUGAAAUGAAUUAAAUAACAAAUGUACUUUAUAAUUA